GCUGAAGGUGGCGAUAGCUGCUGGCAGUGCUGCAAAGGCAAUAUUCAAGCCAGCUCUCCUCUGCCGUCCUUGGGAGGUUCUGGCUGCCCAUGAGGCCCCCCGAAGGAGCAUUUCCUCAGUAAGUACCUGCCUUGGGUGUGUGCAUGAGACUAUGUGUAUUAGGUGUACAUGUAUCCAUGCACACAUGCCUUAUGUCUUUGCUCCCUGGCCUUCCUGUCCUUCCCUCCAAGGCAUGGUCUCCAGAGGUUACUCACACCUCCCCUUUCUCUGAGUUGUGUUAGACAGUGUCCCCAGGGAAAAUAUCCCAGUUCCCUAGUCACAGCCUUGUUCCUCCAACCUUGGCUGAUCCAUGUCUUCUUCCUUUCUGUCUUCCCUCUAGCAACAAACAAUUGUGAGUAUUCUCUGUAUUAGAUUUGAGGGGCUCUUAGUUGCUUUGGGGUUAAUCCAAAUCCAGGUGGGCUUGAGGGGGUGGUGGAUGCUGAUCAGGAGCCUCGGGACAGCAACUCUGCCUUGGCUGGCCUGUGGAUUGGUGCUGGUGGGAAGAAGGGAACUGACUCAAGCCAGGGUGCACAUUGGGGUAUCCAAGGGCUUACCUUCACCAUUUCCCUUCUUCCAGCCUCCGUCUGCUAAGUAUGGUGGGCGGCAUACAGUGACUAUGAUUCCAGGGGAUGGCAUCGGCCCGGAGCUCAUGUUGCAUGUUAAGUCGGUAUUCAGGCAUGCAUGUGUGCCAGUGGACUUCGAAGAGGUGCAUGUAAGCUCCAACGCUGAUGAGGAGGACAUCCCACAAUGCCAUCAUGGCCAUCCGCGGAACCGUGUGGCUCUAAAGGGCAACAUCGAAACAAAUCAUAACCUGCCACCAUCCCACAAAUCCCGGAACAACAUCCUUCGUACCAGCCUAGACCUCUAUGCCAACGUCAUCCACUGUAAGAGUCUGCCAGGAGUGGUGACCCGGCACAAGGACAUAGACAUCCUCAUUGUGCGGGAAAACACAGAAGGCGAGUACAGCAGCCUGGAGCAUGAGAGUGUAGCAGGAGUGGUGGAGAGCUUGAAGAUUAUCACCAAAGCCAAGUCCCUGCGCAUUGCUGAAUAUGCUUUCAAGCUGGCCCAGGAGAGUGGGCGUAAGAAAGUGACGGCUGUGCACAAGGCCAACAUCAUGAAACUGGGUGAUGGACUCUUCCUCCAGUGUUGCAGGGAAGUGGCAGCCCGCUACCCUCAGAUCACCUUUGAUAGCAUGAUUGUGGACAACACAACAAUGCAGCUGGUAUCCCGGCCUCAGCAGUUUGAUGUCAUGGUGAUGCCUAAUCUCUAUGGUAACAUUGUCAACAACGUCUGUGCAGGGCUAGUUGGAGGCCCAGGCCUUGUGGCUGGGGCCAACUAUGGCCAUGUGUAUGCAGUAUUCGAGACAGCUACAAGGAACACAGGCAAAAGUAUUGCCAAUAAGAACAUUGCUAACCCUACUGCCACAUUGCUAGCAAGUUGCAUGAUGCUAGACCACCUCAAGCUCCAUUCCUAUGCCACCUCCAUCCGAAAAGCUGUCUUAGCAUCCAUGGACAAUGAAAAUAUGCAUACCCCAGACAUUGGAGGCCAGGGCACCACAUCCCAAGCCAUCCAGGACAUCAUUCGUCACAUCCGCAUCAUUAAUGGACGGGCUGUGGAGGCCUAGCUAUCCCUGCAGUUUGCUCAGUUUGUCUGUAGGACUCCCUUCUCAUUUUAGCACUCCAGCUAGCUUUGGGGACAGGCUCCAGAAUAAAGCCACUUGUGUUCCAGAA